CGUUGUUCCUCUGUUUUUCCAGAAGAGUCUGGUCCUUUCUCCUUUGGUGCUUCUCUUCCUGCAUUCAGUUAUGGCUACGGCAUCAGUGGCAUUCAAAUCAAGGGAGGAUCAUCGGAAGCAGAUUGAAUUGGAGGAAGCACGUAAAGCUGGGUUAGCACCAGCUGAGGUUGAUGAAGAUGGGAAAGAGAUUAAUCCUCACAUUCCUCAAUAUAUGUCAUCUGUGCCUUGGUAUCUUAAUGCUGAGAGACCAAGUUUAAAACAUCAAAGGAAAUGGAAAUCUGAUCCGAAUUAUACAAAAUCCUGGUAUGACAGAGGUGCAAAGAUUUAUCACGCGGAUAAGUACCGGAAAGGAGCAUGUGGAAACUGUGGGGCCAUGACACAUAGCGCUAAGUCCUGCAUGGAGAGGCCUAGAAAGAAAGGAGCAAAGUGGACAAAUUUUCACAUUGCACCUGAUGAAAAGAUAGAGAUGUUUGAGCUGGAUUAUGAUGGAAAACGGGAUAGAUGGAAUGGUUUUGAUGCAGCAACUUAUGCUCGUGUCAUUGAGAGAUACGAAGCAAGGGAUGAGGCUAGAAGGAAAUACCUGAAGGAGCAGCAGCUGAAAAAGUUGGAGGAGAAAAAUAAUAAGCAGAAUGGGGAGGGGGAGGUUAGUGAUGAUGAUGAGGAUAAUGAUGCUCUGAAGGUUGAUGAGGCCAAGGUUGAUGAAAGCAAACAAAUGGAUUUUGCAAAGGUUGAGAAGCGUGUUCGAACAACUGGUGGUGGAAGCACUGGAACUGUCAGAAAUUUGCGUAUUCGGGAGGACACAGCUAAAUAUCUUUUAAACCUUGAUGUUAAUUCUGCUUAUUAUGAUCCUAAAACCCGAUCCAUGCGUGAAGAUCCUCUUCCUGAUGCUGACCCGAAUGAGAAGUUUUAUGGAGGAGAUAACCAAUACAGAGUUAGUGGGCAAGCUCUAGAGUUCAAGAAGCUUAAUAUUCAUGCAUGGGAGGCAUUUGAAAAAGGACAAGACAUCCACAUGCAAGCUGCUCCAUCUCAAGCAGAAUUGCUGUAUAAAAACUUUAAGGUCAUUAAGGACAAAUUGAAGUCACAAAUUAAAGAUGCCAUCAUGGAGAAGUAUGGCAAUGCUGCAACCGAAGAAGUACUUCCCAAGGAGCUUCUUUUGGGACAAAGUGAGAAACAAGUUGAAUAUGAUCGUGCUGGCAGAGUUGUAAAGGGCAUGGAGACUUCCCUUCCCAAAAGCAAGUAUGAAGAGGAUGUUUACAUCAACAACCACACAAGUGUUUGGGGAUCAUGGUGGAAGGAUCACCAAUGGGGAUACAAGUGUUGUAAGCAAACAAUUCGGAACAGUUACUGCACGGGUGCAGCUGGAAUUGAGGCUGCUGAGGAAGCAGCAGACCUAAUGAAGACGAAUGUUGCCCGCAAAGUGGCCUCAGAAGAGAUGCCUGCUCCAACAGAAGAGAAAAGGCUUGCUACUUGGGGAACUGAUAUACCUGAUGAUUUGGUUCUUGACCAGAACAAACUUGAUGAUGCUCUUAAGAAGGAGGAUAAGAGAAGAAAGGAAGAGAAGGAUGAAAGAAAGCGUAAAUAUAAUGUUAAAUGGGAUGAUGAGGUUACUCUUGAGGAGAUGGAGGCAUAUCGGAUGAAAAAGAUACAUAACGAUGAUCCCAUGAAAGAUUUUCUGCACUAGGUGUCAACUGGGUUUGCCUUUCUUCUGGAUACUGUAAGCUUGAAUAACUUAAGUAGCAUUUUUGUUGGUUAAGCUUGGGGAAACAUUUGCAGAAACCUGCUGUUGUCUGAGCUCUUUGGACCUUGCCGUUUUGUGUACAUCCGUAGAACAAUGAAAUCAUACAAGUAAAAAAAAAGAUUAAAUGUACUCUUUCUCAUGGAUAUUGGGGUUUGGGAAUUGGGAUUGAGUUCCUUCAAUGUUCAUAGUGAUGCCAAUUGCUUC